AUGAGUAAAAAAACUACCCCCGUCACUAUUUCAACCGAUACUGCUACUACUGCUCCUUUCACCUCAGAUGAGUCCUCUAACCAAACGAAUUCUUCCACUAGCAAACGUACUGUAUCGGAAAUCCUGACACCAACAUCGGAAGAUGUUUCAACUUUUUCUGUUCCUCGAACUGACAUAUCAAGAACGAAAAAACAAGAACAAGAUGAUGUUCCCUUUACAAUUGGACCUGAACAACUGAAAAACAUAAUUUGCAUCUUGAACAAACAACAAUUACCUUGCAUAAUCGACGCAGAACAACUCAAAGAUCUACUUGAAAACGCUCACGGCUCAACAGAUGCAUUGAGUGUUUCAAAGGAUUACACCAAAGACACUACUGCACUCAUCAAAUUACUAACUGAAGUACAUUUCCAUACUGAUGACAGAAGUCUCAAGAUCAGAUACACGAAAUUAAGGAAGAAACUACAGAAAAAAGUAGAAUCUGGAUUUUACGAAGCCCAAAGUGACUCAUCUGACCAACUGUUCUGA